AGGAAAUUACAACCUCUCCCUCUCCGCCAACACCUAACUAACUGUUGAUCCAUGGCAGCCUUCGCCUUCACUCACCAAAUUCAUCACAUACUCCCGACGCCCGCUUCCGGAAGAACCAAGCUCAGACCCAAACGAGGCAGAAGUAGAGUAUCCAUCCAAGCUGUUGCAGCCCCAGUAGCAUCCUUCUCCAACCAGUUUGUUCUUGAGCUAGCGGAGUCUCUGGAAGAUUCUUUCCCAUCUACUUCUUCUUUGCCUCUACAGAAGCUCAGGGACAUUUCAUCCCAAUCCCUUCUCUCAACCCAAUGGCCUUCUCGAAAGGACGAGCCUUUUCGCUUCACGGACACUUCCUCCCUCAGGCAAUCGGAAAUAAAGCCAAUUGCUCACCCACCUGAAUUCCCAGCUUUACUGGACAAUUCAGGUGAUCCCCAGUUCACGAAUGUUGUUAUUGCUGAUGGGUUUAUUAUUGAUUCUCUCUGCAAUUUCUCGAAUUUGCCUGAUGGUGUUUAUGUGGGUAGCUUGUCGAGGUUGUCUUCAGAGGGAAUUGCGAAAAGGGUAGCGGAGCUUUUGGGUGAUUUUCAAUGGGGUGAUUUGUUUUGGUCUGUCAAUGGGAUGGGGGCGCCUGAUUUGAUGGUGGUGUAUGUGCCAGAAGGAUGUAGGGUGGAGAAUCCAAUUUAUUUGAGGUAUAUUUCGGUUGAGGGAGGGGAUGAAGGGGCCAGGAAGUUGCCAUUAUCUAAUCCGAGGGUAUUUGUAUUGGUUGAGAAGGGGGGAGAGAUUGGCAUAAUAGAAGAGUUCGUUGGUAAAGAAGUCAGUCAGUGUUAUUGGGCUAAUCCGGUCUUGGAGGUGGUAAUUGGGGGAGGAGGAAAUGUUAAGCAUUCUUAUGUGCAAAAUCAGUCCUUGAGUGCUGCCCAUAUCAAGUGGACUUCAGUCAGGCAGGAAUCAUCUAGUAGCUAUGAGCUUGUAGAGGUAAGCACUGGUGGAAAAUUAAGCAGGCACAAUGUCCAUGUUCAACAAGUAGGACCAGAUACGAUGACGGAGUUGACAACAUUUCAUUUAGCUGUUGGGGAUCAGACACAAGAUCUGCAUAGUAAAAUAGUUUUGGACCAUCCACGAGGUUAUUCUAGACAACUUCACAAAUGUAUUGUGGCUCAUUCAUUAGGACAAGCAGUUUUUGAUGGGAAUGUAAAGGUCAACAGAUAUGCACAACAAACAGAUGCAGGACAACUGACAAGGAGCCUUCUUCUUGAACCUCGUGCAACCGUAAAUGUCAAACCCAAUCUCCAAAUCGUUGCCGAUGAUGUAAAAUGCUCCCAUGGAGCUGCAAUAAGUGAUUUAGAAGACAGCCAAUUGUUCUACUUUCAAGCACGCGGGAUUGACUUAGAGACUGCAAGAAGGGCUCUCAUCUUUUCUUUUGGAGCCGAGGUUAUUGACCGACUGCCUUAUUCUAUUGUCCAAAGGCAGGUAAAAAGUCAUGUUAGAGAGUUGCUGGAAUCCACACAAAAAGCUUCAUAGGAAGAAGGGUGGUUGAUGGUAUAUGUAUCAAUAUGGUGCUAAAUUAUUCAUUUUCGUUUCUUGACAUGAAGUCAAGUCAUUACUCAAAAGAAUUGUUCUUUUUGGAAAUGAGUGGAUUUAGAAGCUGCAUUUGUCUUCCAUGCAGUAAUAAGCUUGAAAAAUAAAUGUAAUAUUGCAUGGUAUAUCAACUGACUGCUGAAGUGCUAAUCUUCGUCGACUACUGUUCCUUCUUUACUUCGAUUUCAAUUUCUGUCUUGA